UUCUAGUAUUCUACUAUAGAAAUGACCUCAAGUGCCCCUUCAUGGUGGUUGAGCUUCUCUUUUUCCUCUGUACCAGAAAUUUAUCCUUAAUGAUGUCCCUCCUUUAAUAACUAUAUCCAUGCUCUGCCUUUCAUGGCCAUUCUUUUAUCCAACCUUGCCAUUUCCAAUCCUAAACCCUUCUUCUCCAUCACCUCAAAACCCAUAACUUGUGCCACCAACCUCACUUCCAAACGCAACCUCCUUCUCCAAACUUCUCUGCUCUGCGUUACCAUUGGUCUCAGUCCUCAACUCCCAGCUGCCUUAUCUUCACCUCAAAAUCCACCGUCCAAAUCGCUUCUCUCUAGCAUUGAAAACACCAAGUCUUGGUACCAGUUCUCCGGUGAUGGCUUUGCUAUUCGAGUCCCACCAGAGUUUGAAGAUAUCACAGAACCUGAAGAUUUGAAUGCUGGACUGACUCUUUAUGGGGACAGGGCAAAGACACCGCCUUUUGCGGCACAGUUUGCAUCUUCCGAUAGGAAUGAGGUUCUGAGUGUGGUUACUAAGCCAACUAAUCAACUUAAAAUCACCUUCUUAGAGGCUAAGGAUAUAACUGAUUUAGGCUCCUUGAGGGAAGCAGCAAAAAUAUUUGUGCCAGGAGAGGCAUCACUGUACUCUGCAAGAGCAAUAAAAGUUAAGGAAGUUGAUGGUUUUAGGAAUUACUAUUUCUAUGAGUUUGGUAAUGAUCAACUGCACAUAGCAUUGAUGGCAGGUGUCAGCGGUGGAAAGGCAAUUAUCGCUGGAGCAACUGCAUCACAGUCCAAGUGGGACGUAGACGGUGUAAGACUUCGUUCUGCUGCUGUAUCAUUGAAAAUUCUGUAGCCAUGUGCUGUAUUUUUUUAACUGGCUUCUCUCUAUUGUGACCUCCUGGAUUACUGUAAUCUUGACAUACGGCUCCCUGUGUGCUCAGCAGCCAGUGCAAGCUGAAUAGCAGUUCACAAUGCGUUGGACUUGAAAUUUAUAUACUGUUGAAUGUCAUGAAGCUAAUGGCAUCUACUAUUUAAAUGCUACUGAAGUUUUGCUCUUAGUAUUGACAUCUUCCCGGAUAAAAUUCAUUUGUUAUUUUUAUGAGUUACUGAGGUAUGAUUCUCUCAGGUAUUGGUCUUUAAAAGAGAAGUUCACUCUGGUUGUGUCUCAUUACAAAUCCUGUAACAUAAGUCAGAACUUUUACCUUCCUCUUUUAUCACUUCUUUUGUUGAUGUAGGGGGUUUUCAUCUGGUUAGAUUGAAUGGGGUUUGAUUAGUUUGGGCAAAUAGUUCAUUUUUCUUCAAUUGGAAUCAAACCAAUUAUGACAGUAAAACUGCUUAAACCUUCCAAGGUUCUGCCAAUGAGCAUGAAGCAAGAAUGGCUGGCCCGAAAUUA